ACGGCAGGAAAAUAAAAUUCCGUUAGAAUUAUACAGUCGUCGCCCCCUACUUGGUGAAAAGUUGGUAUCUUCCGAUGAAUGGCGUUUCUCGCGGAAGUCGCCCGGUGUUUGUAGCACUUCCGUCUUCUGCUCCAGCGGGUACACAGAAAUGACAGCGACUCUGCGUCCGUACCUGAAUGCGGUGCGGGCUACACUGCAGGCAGCUCUCUGUCUGGAAAACUUCUCCUCACAGGUGGUUGAAAGACACAACAAACCAGAGGUUGAAGUCCGGAGCAGUAAGGAGCUGUUGCUUCAGCCUGUUGUGAUCAGUAGGAAUGAUAAAGAGAAGGUUCUAAUAGAAGGUUCCAUCAACUCUGUGCGAGUCAGCAUUGCUGUCAAACAGGCUGAUGAGAUUGAAAAGAUCCUGUGUCACAAGUUCAUGCGCUUCAUGAUGAUGAGAGCUGAGAACUUCUUCAUCCUGCGAAGAAAAGCAGUGGAGGGAUAUGACAUCAGUUUCCUCAUUACUAACUUCCACACAGAACAAAUGUACAAGCAUAAGUUAGUGGACUUUGUCAUCCAUUUUAUGGAGGAGAUUGAUAAGGAAGUCAGUGAGAUGAAACUGUCUGUCAACGCCAGGGCUCGCAUAGUUGCAGAGGAGUUCCUCAAAAAUUUUUAGGAAAUUUUCAGUACACCUUCUGCUGGCUGCAAUACCUGUGUCACCUUGGUCGCCACCGGAAAAAAACGAUGGAGAGCUGUGGGGCCAGUGAGGAAGUAGUUAAGGUGCGAUUUGUUUCCUGGACCUCCAGCAAAGGUGGAACAGCUGGAUCCAGAGGGUGCCGUCUGUCACAGGAAUGAAUUCAGAGUAUUGCAGUAUUGUAACUCGAGAGCAAAGUAAUGGUUUUCACAGACAGGCACGGUACUUCUUUUGUUGUUCUGUUUUAUUCUUUGUUUGACUUUUUUGCCCCUCUAUCUCUUUUUUAACUUUUGCUAAUGGCCUAAUUUUGUUUUAAAAGUAUUUUGUUUCUUCACACUCUGCGAUUCCAGUUGUGUAUUCUGUCUCUCUUCAUCUUAUCCCAAAUAAUCCCUUUGUUAUUAUUUAGUAGUAGUAAAGCGCUCACAACGUUGCAAUAUUCUGAAUAUGCCUCAGCUUUCCCUCGUGCUCAUUAAUAUUAAUGAGAAUGUACUGUACAUGUUAAAAAGGAUGGACUCAUUUUACCUCUGCCUUUCUAACAAACCUUAAAAUCAGGGUGGGUUUAUAUAAAUGAAACCUCAUUGAUACUCAUGAGCACAAAGGAAAAAUGUUCCGUGUCCAAUAAUUUAAACAGUUUGUUUUGUCAGUGUUUUUUUAUAGAUAUGUAUACUGUGUUCAAAUGACCAUUUUUCAUGUUUAGAUUUGAUAUUAAAAAAACCUCACGCUGGUGCACAUUGAUCUUACAAACCAUAUCAGUCAUGCCAAAAUAAUGAUGAUAAUUCUAAAUAAAUCCCUUUUAUUGCUUG